AUGAUUUUUCGAGUACGUGAUCCCCCAGUCAGUGCCACUUCUUCUGUUUCCGCGCCACCACCGGCACAAGCCCUCACUAAUCAUCGAAGCCCCAUUUCUGAGGGAUCUGAAGCUGAUAUUGAUUCGAUAGAAGCAACGCAUAUUGACCCCUCUGCUGCGAUUGGCAAAAGGAAGCAUGAGGUUCCCCAGCCAAAAUUAAGCUACAUUGACUCAACAGAAGAUCCCUUCGAAGAAAUAGUUAUUCGCGCUGAAACCUAUUUUCCCGGCCUAACAAAUAUAGUUGGGAACCAGGCAAGCAGUUACAUAGUAGAACAGACAAACUACGAGCCCUCCGCUCCCUCGCAGCGUCGAACUGCACCUCCUCGACAACACCUUCCAACAGUUAAUUCAAAUACUCGACAAAACCCUUUUAAUACAUCCAUCGCUGAAAGUAAACGUCGCGGUGAAGAGGAAAUCGAUAGGCGGAUCAUGAUGUACUCACACGCCAAUCGCAAGCCACGUACCCAUCAUGGACAUAGCCUCCAUGCCAAUCCAUAUCAACAGGGCUCCCCAAUUCACUCAGUUAUUCAUUAUGGAGGUUACUAUUCUCAGAACCUUAGCAACCCCCAACCACCAUGCACAUCCGAGUCUGACAUGGACGAAAGAACAACGUAUGACUAUCGUGAUUUCCAAGCCGCACGUCAGAGGUUUGAACAACGGGGACUGACAAGUCAAGCCGCUUUGCUUCCUCCACGAAACCCCUUGCAUCGCAUUGAUCUUCGACCUCAACACUCAAUCACCAGUACUGUAAUGUCUACCGGACCCAACAGGGCUGGAUUUGGUGUAAGUGAAAUGGUACCCAUGCACCCACCUCAUCCGAGUCCCUCCCACUCUUCUAUGUUGCAGCCUCAGUUCGUCUCCCAGCCAAACACUUCAGAAAUAAAUCAGGAAGGUAGUGCGCUUGUAAGGCGUGAACCAAGAAAUUUAUUUUCAGGGGGAUGCAGUUGUGGUCCCGGAAGUGGCUGUGGAGCCCUACCAGAAUCGCCUAUUCGCCAAGAACAUAUGGUUCAUCGCGAGGCAAUUCAGAAGUACCUCGUUGCCGAAGAAGUCGGUCCAGGUGGAGUGAAAAGUGUAUUUAGUUUUCCAGGAGGCGUUGAACCUAGUGACCUGACCCUCCUACGGGCUGCUAUUUCAGCAAAUCAGCCAAAAGAUGCUUUCAUACCUGAAGAAAAUGAUGAUCUGGAGGAACAGUUAAAUCGCCAGUUGGAGCAAGCUUGUCCAGAUAUAAGAACUUUUCAGGAGAACCCAAUUAGACCAACGCAGCCUCCUCAACCUCCACAUCAUGCCCAACCGCAAGUGCCGACCGUCGGACGGACAUCUGGUGGGAGCAUGAUGGUUGGUGGAGGUGGGCAGAGUAGGAGCCAGUACCAAACUACUCAGAAGCCUAAUAUCGUGAGUACCGAAGAGGAACAGGCUCUAUCACCUCAUUCGAACACAGAAAAUCCGCUUAACACUCUCAUGUAUAAUGGAAUAAUCCACCAGUUUGCUGGGCCGAGCAAUCCAAGUCAAUUGCAGUCUUCGUCGAGGUAUCCGAUGCAAAACCAGGCUCAACUCAACAACUGGCACAAUUCACCUCAGCAUCGCCAACCUAUGCAGGGCCACUAUCAAAAUUUCACAACGUACAAUUCAACGGGCUUGGAUUCUCUACCAGUGACAGGAGGGAGAAGCACGGGCCCACCCACUCACCUCAACUCUGAAAAUCGUUUCAUGAUAUGA